AUUUUUCUUUUUUUUCCUAACGAGUCGAGAAAGUUCUCGACUUCAGAAGAUGAUGCUCUAACUGAAAGAUCGCCUUCCCCUGUCAUUUGCUUCUUAUUCUGAUUCUGAGGGCACAAAGCACGGAGAGUUGCGAGCCUUAGAAAGGGAGAGAGUGAGAGAGAUGAGGCCAAUGCAGAUGGAGUUUAUAGCAGAUAUGGACGAUCAAGGAUCGACAGUGGCGAUGGACGUAGAUGACGUGGAUCCACUGGAGAUAUUCGGCGAGGGCGUUGUCUCCGUCGAGAACAAGCUUGUUGACGCCGAUUUCUUCAACAAUUUCCAGGAUGAUUUCGAUGAUAGCGAUAUCGAUUGACGAUCCCUAAUCCUGCCGCUGCUUUAUCCUUGUCUUCCUAGGUGCCUUUUCAGGAUAUCUGACGAUGGAUGGAAUACCUAUUGGGAAGACAGUAUUUAGCAGGAAAGAUUUGAGUUCUAGUUAUAAAGUAAAUGCAAGUCUCCUGACCUACUCUCCGAUUUCUGGUUUUGCUCCCGUGGUUAAUGUUUGUGUAUAAGUAAACUUUUUGAGGGUUUGGAAGUGGUAGGUUGCAAUCAGUACCUGUCAGUGUAUUAACAUGUUUUGACAUGUGUAUCCGGUCUUGUUACAAAUUAUAGUUGGGCUUCAAAUCAUGCCUUUCCCUGAUUGCCUGAGUAUAUUUAAUGGGUUUGAAAGUUCCUGAUGGAACAUUAACUCUAUUACUCUCUUUGUUGCAUUAUGAUCUAGAUCUUGUUAGGGUUACCAUUGGCCAAAUCCAGAAAGAACUGGGUUUUUUGUGAUAAAUUACUGGAGCCAUCGGUUUACGGGGUAUAGAUUAUUAUAGUAUUAGCAAAGAAGAUACAAGGUUAUUGAAAUAGAGAUGCUCUAUCUUGUGAUAAAUUACUGGAGCCAUCAGUUUAUUGGGUAUAGAUCAUUAUAGUAUUAGCAAA